AUCUAGGUUCUAGUACUUCUACCUUUUGCCGUUGACAGCGUGAUGCAAUGUCUUCUCCACCUGCAGUACUGUUACGCCAGCGCCUGGCUCCGGCCGAGGACCCCGAGCCUAUCGCCCAAUCUGAGGCCAAGCGGAGGAAGGUCCGGAAGGGAACAUACAGCUGUUGGGAGUGCAAGCGGCAGAAGAUGAAGUGUGUCCUCGACGCACUCACCAAUGCCGCCUGCAACGGCUGUCUGCGACGGGGCUCCAAAUGUAUCAGUCAGGAGUUCCCGGAGGAGGCCAAGGCUAUGGCCUCGUAUGGUGCAAGAACACUCACGAUUCCCGGUGAAGAUUCUAUGAGGACGGGCCAAGGCAUACUAACUCCCGCAUUUAUGAACUCUGACUCGAACCCUUCGCGAUUUCUAUUAUUCUACAAAUCUUCCGAGGCUCUUGCGCUAGCCUCAGAAGGCAAACAUGAGAAGCUAUCUCGGACCUUGCAUAAACUCUUACCCUCGCGGGAGGAUAUCGAGAGGAUAUGCAGCGCUAUUCGUCAUCCUUCCGUCCUCACGCACGAGAUAUUGACCAUGCCUUACGAUAUUCUCGACCAGGAGGGUCUGGAACCCGCAGACAGCUUGCUAGAGAUCCCUAAACCGAAUGCGCAUCCUGUCCUGAUAGCAAGGCACAUGCUUAAGCUCGCUGUUUUCCUGCAGCAUCUCCAUCCUGAUCUUCAGGAAAACAUACAAGGACUGUCGGAAUCGCCCCGAGCCAUGUUGAAACAGUUGGCAGAUCUUGCUAUCAGUCUUGUCACCACGAAUGACGAGCUUCUCGGCAGCAUCGAGGGCCUCGAGUGCAUUAUGAUUGAGGGUAUGUAUCAGGCGAAUAUUGGCAAUCUCCGACGAAGCUGGGUAUCAGGUCGAAGAGCCAUGGGUAUUGCACAGCUGAUGGGCCUCGACCGGAAGGAUAAUCGGGCUCAGUAUAAGGUGCUUAACCCCGACACAAAAUACCAUCCCCAGCUUAUGUGGCUCCUCGACCGCAGCAUGGCUUCAGACGCGAUGCUUGCAAACGACACUCCAAUGGGACGACUCGAGCGACUGCACUGCAUUAUUUCGUCUCGGAUACUGGAGCGCAACAAACUCAACCCAAGCUCCCAUGCUCUCGCUCUGACGCGAACCCUCGACGCGGAGUUGCAGAGAGCGGCAAGAAGUUUGCCUAGUAAAUGGUGGUUGGCUCCGAACCUGGAUAUCACCUCGACCGAAUCGCAAGGUCUGUUCUGGAAUACGCGGCGCCUAUACGCGCAGGUACUUCACUAUAACCUCGUCAACCAACUCCAUUUGCCUUACAUGCUCCGCUCCUCGCCCUCGUCGGCUGAGCGCAAAUACGAGUACUCGAGAAUGGCUUGCGUGAAUGCCUCGCGGGAAGUACUCUCGCGCUUCAUCACACUACGCAGCUUUAACCGAACCGCCUACAGCUGCCGAUCGGUCGACUUCCUCGCGCUUAUGGCCGCUAUAACCUUGCUACUAGCCCAUCUGGACAGCCAUCGCUUAUUAGAGGCGGAAAACCUCUUGGCUCACCAGUAUCUCGGCGAUCGCGCCAUGAUUGAACAGGCGCAGGAUAAUAUGAAAGAGUUGAACCGUAUUAACUCAGAUGCACUGAGCGCGCAGAGUGCUGACUUACUACGUCGGCUACUGAAUAUCGAGGUUGAGACGGCGGAUGGUUAUUCAAGUUGUGAGAAAGUGAGUGUGCAGGAAACAGGACUUGAGACGCCGCCACCUGAUCAGGAUGAUGAUGCUAUCGUGAGCGUACAUAUUCCUUACUUUGGCAUUAUCAAGAUUGCACGCGAAGGGACACCGAUCGCUGGUAGUUACGGUCCAGUCAACACACCUUCAAUAUCACAAGGCAUACCAACUAGCAACGCAAAGUCUCAAACGCACCUAGGCGACCUUCAACUUCCGUCUAAUGGCACCAACGAGAUGGCCAUUCAGAUUGCCCCAUCCGACCCUCUCUUACAACAAGGAGAGUAUCCGGGACUGACCGCUGGAGGGGAAGACUGGGCAUUUCAGGGCGUUGACAUGGCUUUCUUUGAUAGCCUGAUGAGUAGCGCCGGGGAUGAGGGGAACGAGGAUGAGGGGAACGAGGAUGCCGAUUGGGCCACAUGGCAGAGGUUAACAUGAACAAUACGUGGUAGAUGAUCUGCAUCAGUGAGCGACGAAGGGUCAGAAUAUUGCUUCGCGUGAGCAAAGACAAUGCACCCAUAACG